GGUUCAACGGAUUGUACAUGAUCACCUGACACUGUAGUAAAUCACGUGAACGAAAGCAGGCGUGUCGCCGGUGCAGCUCAUACUCAUAGCUCGCUAUCGAUAUCUCGCGUAGUAUUUUUGAACGUGCAAAUAAUUUGUCUAAUUCAUCUCCCUGCAGAUUUGACAUGACAGAAGUGGUCGACAUACAACACAAAUCAACCACGACGAAGAUGUCUGUUGGUUCGUUUAUUUCGUCUACUGUAGCUAGUUUUUUCGAGUAUGACACGCCUAAGAUAGUGCACAUCAAAAGCAAGAAGGUUGGACUUAUUAACCGACUUCUACAGCUUGCAAUUAUUGGAUAUAUCAUUGGAUGGGUACUCGUGUACAAGAAAGGUUACCAGUCGACAGAUGAUGUUAUGAGUGCCGUAACAACCAAAAUGAAAGGCGUGGCAUAUACAAACAUAACCGAUGAACCCAAUCUUAAUGUGAAAGAUACAACACCAUACAACAGAAUUUGGGAUGUAUCGGACUACGUCAUUCCGCCACAGCAAACCAAUGCCUUCUUCGUUAUGACCAAUAUGAUCAUCACACCAGGCCAGAGUAAGGGAGAAUGUCCAGAGGAUCCUAAAAUACCUAAUGCAGAAUGUUCAGGGCCUGAGGAUUGUGAUGCUGGCAUGCCCAUCACCAAUGGAAAUGGUGUGAUGACUGGUAAAUGUGUCAACUAUACAUAUCCUGAUGGAAAUGUUACACAGACUUGUGAGAUCAAAGCUUGGUGCCCAGUUGAGUUUGAUAAAACUCCCGUGACCAAUAAAUCUGUUUUGAGUGAUGCUGCAAACUUCACUGUUCUAAUCAAGAAUAGUAUCCAGUUUCCUAAAUUCAAUGUUUCAAAACGUAACAUUCUAGAAGACAGCAAUAGUACAUACUUGAAGCAAUGUCAUUAUAGCAGUAGAACAGACCAGUUCUGCCCAGUAUUUACGCUCGGUACCAUAGCCAAGGAAAUAGGAGAAGACUUCAACAGCCUUGCUUACUUGGGAGCAGUAGUUGGAAUAAUAAUCCACUGGGACUGCAACUUAGACUACAGCCUAGAUAACUGCAGACCAAUGUACACCUUCCGAAGAUUAGAUAACAGAAAUGCCCUUAUUGCACCAGGCUACAACUUCAGAUACUCUAUAAACUACAAAGAGAAUGACACAGAAUUUAGAACCCAGACAAAGGCAUAUGGAAUACUCUUCCAAGUAAUCGUGUCUGGGGAAGCAGGAAAGUUUGAUGUUGUUCCUCUGAUUCUCAACAUUGCAUCUGGUUUGGCGUUGCUCUCAUUGGCUAGUAUUAUGGCAGAUAUAUGUGUAUUAUAUCUACUCAAAAAGCGGUACUUUUACAGACAGAAGAAAUACCAGCUAGUCGAUGACAUUCCAUAUGAGGAUGCAGAUGCUGAUACAGAUACAGAGACGCAAUAAAGGAAACCAUUCAUGUAGAUCUUUGAUGAGCAAUAGAUCAAUUCUUCUUCAAACAAGUUAUUGUUAUUACUUCAAAUAUGUCUUUCUCUUCUCACUUUACAAAUUCAUCAGUGCCUUUAGAGUAUUGCUUUAGUGAAUCUAAUGCCAACUGUCUUUGUACAACACCAUUGCAUUCAAGACUUUCCUAGUAGGGCAAUUCCAUAAAGCACAUGUGCAUCCAAUCCCUCUUGUUAAAUGAUUGAUCUAAACAUUGCAGAUGGGUUUUUCAUAAAGCUGUUUGUAAGUUAAGAGCUACUCUAAGAACGACUGAUGAACCUUUCUUACGCACUAAAUCACAAGUGAACAUUUAAUGGUAAAUAUCAUAAUACCACAAGAAAGGAUCACCAGUCAUUCUUAAAGUCACUUAACUUACGAACAGCUUUAUGAAACAGCCGGGAUUGUGCUUCAUUUGAUAUAAGUAAAUGCUUUCAUAUUAUUGGAUUGGUUAUUUUCAUGGAAUUGCCCAGUGGUUUUCAUCAGUCUUAAACAUUUGGAAAACAAAUGUUUUUUAAAUAUUUUGUAUGUAUGUUGCCAAACAGGAGAUUAAAUAAUGUACAUUCUAAUUUGGUUGUUAUGAUCAAAGCCAAGUACAAUUUAAUGGAUACAUUGUGUGCAUAACUUUGGACUUUAUAUGUUUGCAUUUUGGAUUUUAUGAAAAGUUGUCAUUCAAAGGUUACUAUUUUUCCUCCUAGCUGCAUGAAUAAUCGUGUCUCAUUGUUAAUUGUGAAGAUUCUGAAAUAAAUUUUUAUUCCGUAUUGGGUAAUUAUUUGAUGAGUGUACUAGAAAAAGUAACUUAUUUUGUGUGGUCAUAUAUUUAGAGACACGUGUAUAUUAAUCAUGCCAUGUCUGUUUAUAAAGUAUUUAAAAGCAAAUGAGAUUCUGUUCAUUCUCUGAAGACUGACUCGCUGUACAACUGGGGUAUGACCUGAUUUCUGGAAAUGAAAACAAAUUGAAUUUUGUUAUUGGAGAUUCAGAAUCACUAAGAAAUUUACAUGUUAAUCAGAAAUUUUGGUAAAUGCAAGCCUUUAGUUUGGACAAAUCAGUUUCAAAUUGUAUGUAACAGUUCAUAUAAUUGCAUAUUAGAUCAUUAUGGCUCCAAGAAAAUCACUUUUAUAAUUUAAAGAGGAUUUCAACAGUCUUGAAUUUGAACUAGAGUAUUCAUAUUAUUAUUCAGAACUUUGGACAGUAGGAUGUUCCUUGUUCGAAUUUUCACUUUUGUUCUUUAUAAAAAUUGAUGAUGACGCAAAUAUUUCAGGCAUUUGUCUGUAGGUCUGAGACUACCUUAAGCAGCUUUUUUAAAAGGAUUUCAACAUUCUUGUUUAGCCACUUUAGAAUGCAGCGAAAAAAUUACCCUCCCCUUAAUAUUACUGGAAAUAUACAGUAAAACUUGUGCAUCAAAUUGAUCAAUCAUUCUUUUUUAUGGUCUAAUUUAUAUUGUAUUGUAUUGUCAUUAUGAAUCAUCUGGGAACACUAUAUCGUCCUUUAGCUACCCUACAUUCAGACAAAUUAUGAUACUUUAAUGAACUCAUAUUGAAAUGGAUAACCCCAUUUCACUUUGUUAGGUGUCAUUUUGUUCUGUUUUAGCUGUACAACUAACUUAUAUCUGAACAUUGGGUAAAGUCUUCAGUUCUCUGCAAUACCAAGAAUAGAAAUGUCAAACAUAAUUGAGGAAGAACUUACGAUUCAUAGAAUUUCACGAAAAACACGUUUUUUUAGCCAAAAAUUUAAUUUUGAAAAUAUAGUGAAUCCCAUGAAUAUCAAAGUGAAGUCUAUUAAAACAAAAACUGUUCAUCAGUAAAAAGAAAUCUGCAGAUCAGACCUAUUGGCAGUAUUUAGCAUGUGUUCUUCAAGAUACUGCAGUACAUGUAUGUAUUAACAGAAAAUUACCUUUUUUAAAGAUUUAUUUUUUAUUGACAUACUGUUGCUUUAUAGUAUUGGUUUGCAUAAGUAAUUGAAGAACAGAAUUUGACAUUGGAUUACCAAAGAUUAUGGAACUCCACUUUUAAUAGAAAACAGAAAACUGGGGACUUUCCCAUAGGGAUGUCAGAAGACCAUGUCAAGCUUGUUGGUGAUGAUUCCCCCUAUUUCUCAGACCAACAAAUUUAAGAUUGAAUUUUCUACUUCAGUGCCUUUUCAAUUGUACCACUAGACCAUACAUAAAAAUUAUAAUUUAAAAAAAUGGCCAGGGAAGAAAAUUAAUAUUUUGUGUACUUCUGUUCAUUCCAAAGAUAUUUUUCAUAGAACCUAAUUGCUAUGUACUUUUGCAACUUGCAUUUUCUAUGUACAUAUGUAUUUUUUUUUUUUGUUGUUGUAAGGUUUGUCCCUCCUUUGGACCCUGGGUCUCGUAUAGAUCACAAAGUUAUAUUUUAGUCAUUGUGUCUAUUAAAUUCUUAUGUCAAAUAAUGUUACAAGUCACAGGCAUCACAAUGAUACAACCAAAAAGAUCUGUGUAGUAGUUACAUCUUGAUAAUUCAGGUUAAUGUUUUUUGCCACUAUUUCACUUGCCUGAUUUUUGUUUUUUAUAUGUAAGUUCGUCUCUUUAUAAGUGAUGAAUUUGUAUUCUAAUUGAAUAAUUUAUCAUGCCUAAAAUAGUUGCUCAUCAGUGUGAUUAGAUGAAUUUUAUUAUUAUCUCUGAUUGAUUUGUAAUCAAUUUUUCUAUAAACAUAAUUAUUUUUAUAUUGUACAGUUUUUAUAUUGUAUUUCAUUUUUCAAGUAUGAGAAUACCUUGAUAAAUAUUGGUAAGUUGAUUUAUUAAAUGCUUUUUCAAAUAAGUUUACUUAUGUUGUUGUUUCCCCCAGUUAUUUUAUCAUAGCCUUUUCUAUGUUAUAAAUGAUUUUGAAGUAAAUUCACGUCAUUAGAGGCAUCAUCCAUUCAUCACCAGAAUCCAUCACCU